AUGAACGACAAUGAUGAUGCGCGAAACUUCCACCAUCCGUACGAGCCUUAUGAUAUCCAGAAUGAUUUCAUGAACGCGGUCUACGACUGCUUGGACGCGGGCAAAGUCGGCAUCUUCGAGUCACCAACCGGAACGGGAAAAUCGCUGAGUUUGAUCUGUGGGUCGUUAACAUGGCUGCGAGAUCAUAAGAGACGGACAUUUGAGGAUGGAUUCGCCGUUUAUGCGGCUGCUAGCGAUGAACCAGCGUGGAUACUUGAGCAUGCCCAAAAGCAAAGAAAACAGGAAGCGCUACGUCGGCGGCAAGAGCUGAACGACCGAAUAGCCAAGAUCAAGGCGAAAGAGAAGCGUGCCAAAGAACGCUAUGAGAGUGGCGAGCCACGCUACAAGAGACAGAAGAUGGCAGCAGGUGAAGCCAAUGACAAGGACGACGAAGCGCAAUUUGUUCUAGACGAUUACGAGACCGAUGAAGAGCACGACAAAGCAGCGCGGUCCGGUGGGUUCAGCGAGUCUGGUCUCUCAGCAGAGACUCAGGCUUUGAUGGAGCAGCUGGGAUACUCUACGAGCGCGACUAAGGCUGAAGAAGGGGAGGUGCCAGACGAGACCAAAAUCUUCUUUUGCUCUCGCACACACUCUCAGCUGACCCAGUUUACGAGCGAGUUGGGUCGAGUCAAGAUGCCGCCUGCCAUCACUCCAGACGACCAAGAUGCGGAUGUCGACAGACUUGUGGAUGACGUAAAGCACUUGACUUUGGGAUCGAGGAAGAAUCUAUGCAUCAACAGCAAAGUCAGCCGGCUCGGCAACGCGACUGCAAUCAACGAGCGCUGUGUCGAGCUGCAGCAGGCUACCAGCGCUGAAGGUAAAUGUCCGCACAUGCCAAACAAGGAAAGCGAGACUUUGGUCAACGACUUUCGCGACCACGCGCUGGCGAAGAUUAGAGACAUUGAAGACUUGGGUGCAUUGGGGAAGAAGCUAGGUGUCUGUCCAUAUUAUGCUUCUCGGCCAGCAAUCCAGCACUGCGAGAGCACGGCACGUGAUGCUCUCGGUCUAUCGCUCAAAAACCACGUCGUCAUCAUAGAUGAGGCACACAACCUGAUGGACGCUAUCGCGGGUAUCUACUCUGUAUCCGUCACGCUCGACCAAGUCCAGCAAGCCCGCGCACAGCUUACCAUGUAUUUGCAAAAGUUUCGCAAUAAGCUCAAGGGAAAGAAUCGAGUGUAUGUUGCGCAGACUGUCCGCAUCCUUGACUCUAUUCUUGGAUACCUCAAAACCAUAUCCGACGACAAAAAAGCUACGGAUGGCCUAGUUGAUAUGCUUACAAUCAUGUCCGGAAAAGGCGUGGAUCAGGUCAACAUUUUCAAGCUCAACACAUACCUUCAAGAAAGUAGGCUUGCACGCAAGGUUGAUGGCUACACCACGUACGCCGAGACAGUCGCGAAUGACACAGCGAAAGUAGGUGCAAAGACUAUGUUCCAAAAGGCCCCACGACAAAAUGUACCUGUUCUAAUGCACGUCCAAUCAUUUCUGCUGUCAUUGAUGAAUCCAUCGGCUGAGGGACGAUUCUUCUACUCGAAGGAAGACUCAUGCGUCACAUUAAGAUACAUGCUCCUAGAUCCGACAUACCACUUCAAAGACAUUGUCGAAGAAGCCCGGGCGGUUGUUCUUGCUGGUGGAACCAUGUCUCCGAUGAGUGACUAUGAGCAGCACCUCCUCCCGUACCUAGACUCCACAAAGAUCAUGACACUCUCGUGUGGCCAUGUCAUCCCGCCGACAAACCUUCUUGCGAUCCCUGUUGUUCGCGCAUCAUCCGGCAAUGAAUUUGUCUUUACAUUCGAGAACCGCAACAAAGAGAGAACGAUGAUCGAUCUCGGGCAUGCCAUUCUUGGCACAGCGCAACACAUUCCUGAUGGUGUAGUUGUCUUCUUCCCCAGUUACUCCUACCUUGAUGCUUGUAUCGCAGCUUGGAAGCGGCUCGCAGCUGCCGGCUCAAAAGUGACAUUCUGGGAUCGCUUUACGCAGACCAAGCCUAUAUUCCUCGAGCAGCGCAGUCAGCCAAACGUUGCAACGCAGCCAGUCGCCAACAAAGAAGCCGCAGUCGAUUCGGUCCUUACCGCCUACAGCACCGCCAUCGCAUCUGGCAACGGUUGCGGUGCUCUCCUUUUCGCCGUCAUUGGCGGUACCCUUUCCGAAGGCAUCAACUUCAGCGACGCCCUCGGUCGCGGCGUGGUCGUUGUCGGACUGCCCUUUCCCAAUCCUCAUUCGGCCGGGUGGAAAGCCAAAAUGCAGUACAUCUCCACCAAGGAGAACAAGCGCGGCGGAGACGGCAAGGCAGCGGCACGUGACUUUUUCGAAAACGCAUGCAUGCGUGCGGUGAACCAGUGUGUUGGUCGUGCAAUCAGGCACAAGGGCGACUAUGCUGCGAUCAUGAUGCUGGACAGGCGGUACGGCACCAAGCGCAUCCAGGAUAAGCUGCCAAAGUGGAUCAGGGGAAGCCUGACGAGCGGACUGGGUGUGACAGAUGUUGAGAACCAGUUGGAUCAGUUCUUUGCGGGUAAGGGCGUCUCUGGGCUUGGCGCCUACACGACAGUGGCCCAAACCGAAGACCACACCGCUGAGCUUACGGCGCAUGGCAAGGAGACAUCAAUCGAUGAUGAAAGGCAUGGCGGUCCGGAUAUUGAAGACUCUGCACCCUCCGCACACGACCUCUCAUCACUUCCCCACGUUUCAGACUCCCUCCCGCUCUCCGCUUUCCUCAUCGCCAUUGUCGAGCUCUGUGAGCGCUUCGCCUACUAUGGCCUCUCUGGUCCGUUUCAAAACUACAUCGCCAACCCACCCAAGUCGACGCUUCCUGGUGCCUUGGGGCUCGGUCAAUCUUCUGCGACAGCGAUGACGAACUUCUUCCAGUUCUGGUGCUAUCUCACGCCUGUUAUGGGUGCGGUUGUUGCGGAUCAGUACUUGGGCAAGUAUGCGACGAUCAAGUGGUUCAGUGUCGUCUACAUGAUUGGCAUCAUGAUCUUGUUCGUUACAAGUCUACCAGUCAGUGUGGAAAGAGGAGCGGCGUUCCCUGGGCUGGUUGUCGCGAUGAUGGUUAUUGGAUUGGGAACAGGCGGCAUCAAAAGCAAUGUGGCGCCUCUGAUUGCGGAACAAAUCUCGACUACAGAAGCAUAUGUCAAAACGUUGAAGAGCGGUAAAAGAGUGAUUGUCGACCCCGAGGUCACCAUGCAGCGUGUCUUCAUGGUUUUCUACACGUGUAUCAACAUAGGCUCCAUUUCUGCUAUCGCAACGACCAUGCUCGAACUUCAUGUUGGUUUCUGGAGCGCAUAUCUGCUGCCGCUGAUCAUGUUUGUUGUUGGCUUUACAGUCCUGGUUAAGUUCAGGAAUACAUACACCAUAAAACCACCCCAAGGAGGCGUGAUCGGAAACUGCUUUCGCGCGCUGUUCAUUGCAGUUCGCAAUGGCUUCGACCUCAACGCUGCUCGUCCUUCACGAGCGGCGGCAAAACAUCGCAUUACUUGGGACGACAAGUUCAUUGACGAACUCGAGACAGCGCUGGUUGCGUGCAAGGCGUUUCUCUUCUUCCCGAUAUAUUGGGUCACCUUUUCGCAAAUGAUGAACAAUUUCGUCUCUCAAGCCGGCCACAUGGAACUACACGGUCUUCCAAACGACAUCCUCCCCAACAUCGACCCCAUAACCAUCAUCAUCCUCAUCCCCAUCAUGGAUCGCUUGAUCUACCCAUUCAUCCGCGCAAAGCUCCACUUCGCCUUCGGUCCCAUCACGCGCAUCUCACUCGGCUUCAUAAUGGCCGCCAGCGCCAUGUUGUACGCCGGUAUCUUGCAAACCAAGAUCUACGCCGCGGAGCCGCAAAAGAUACAUGUCGCAUGGCAGGCACCAGCAUAUAUCUUCGUCGCCAUUUCCGAGAUCCUAGCAAGUAUCACUGGUCUUGAACUUGCAUAUGCGAAGGCGCCUGAGAACAUGAAGAGCUUCAUCAUGAGUUUGUUCCUGUUAACGUCGGCGGGAGGCAGCGCUUUGGGUAUCUUGAUUGCGCCGUUCGCGAAAGAUCCGUGGUUGCAUUGGAUGUACUUCGGACUUGCGAUUGCGGCGGCAGGAACGGGGUUUGCGUUCUGGCGCACGUUUCGCAGCGGAAGUGACAAGCAUAUAGAUGCAGAGAGUUUUGAGAUGACAGAUAGAGUUUAG